UGAAUAGUUGCUACAAAACAAGCGGGUUGACAUGAAGUGCUGAGUCGGAUACGCUGAGCGGAUUACCAUGCUGUUUUGAUCUAGCUCCAGCACACGUUGAUAUGGAUAUGGACCAGGAUUUAGAAGAACUAAAGGGAGAUGUAGAUUUUGAUUUCUUCGACUCGCCGGGAAAAGAAAGAUCACCAUCUCCUCAAGACAAGAAGACUUCGGAGAAAAUAAGGUCUAAACCGCCACCAGCACCAAAGUCACCUAAACCAGACUCACCAGUAGAUAUUGGAGAAUACGAAAAUAAACGAACGUCAAACUCAAGGAGUGAUGGGCCUCGAGAAGGGAAGGCAUCACUCUUCGAAGUAAUCAAACAAGAGGAUGAGGAUAUAUACUCUUCUGAUUCUGAUCAUACCAGUUCACAAUCGGACAGUUCUUCGUUUAGUGAUGUGUCAAGUGUAAGAUCCGGGGGUAGAGCGAGAAAUCGUUCAAGAUCUUCAAGUAAGACUCGUUCCCCAUCGACAAGCCCAGACCAACGAAAUACCAGGUCUAAAAUCACACGUAAGGAGCAUUCACGUAGUGACAGAGACAAUAGGAAAACAAGAUCACGUUCAGAAAGUGUCUCCAGUCAGUCAGCUAGUGAAAGUGGCAGUGGCAGUGAGAGUACAUCAGACUUUUCUGAUAGAAGCCCCAGUCCAACUCCAAGAAAUAAACAUGAGAAAAAGUAUAAAGACAUUUCCCAAAAUCCUGUUCAUAAGGUUGAAGAAAGACCACGAGUAGCAAGAAUGAGACCUGUUUCAGCACAUCCAAGUAAAAAGCAAGGUGGUUCUAAGCAUCAAGCAUGGGGUGCUGGUAAUAAAAAUAAUAGUUUCAGAAACAGUGAUUCGAGCCAUAAGAAUAAAUCAAGAUAUAGAAAUGAAGAUAGUGACAGGUCAGGAUCUGAUUCUGAAAGUGACAUGACGGACGUUUCUCCAUUGACAUCACCAAGGAACAGCCCACACAAGAAGAGGUAUGAUCUCCAAAAUGGAUCUCAUAAAAAAACUGUGCAAUACUGUGGUAUACCACCAGAUCUGGAGAAUUCCAGUUAUUCUAUUAGACCAGGCGAGGCUGAGACACUGGAUCUUAAUAUUCUGAUGAAAGCUGUUUCAGAAUUGGAGAAAAAGAAGCGUGUGAAGGAUAAUACAAGACGUGUCAUGUUUGCACCACCAAAGGCUCAUGACCGUGGCAAUUAUACUUUCACUGAUGACCGAACUAAAUUGAUUGAAAGAGAAAACCAGAGGUUGUUACGUGAAAUAAUGAAGCAUGUAGCAGAACAGAGAGCACCACACCAAAUGAAACGAGCAGAACCAACCCCAGUCAGAAGAGUGACUGCGUCAGCCAUUAACCGACAGAGACAACAGAAAACGAUUGAAUCAGAAAAUAUGAAAUUUUUGCACCGACUCCAAAAAGUGAAGCCGACGCGAGGAAUGUCCCGUGAUGAUCAAAUCGGCCACUACCAGCGCACCAUGCUGUACGGAGUCCCCAUCGCAGAUGACCAUCUCAAGUCAGGUCGCAGGUCACGGCCUGGGUCAGCAGGGUCAACCCUGAGUCAAAGGUCACGGAGCAUGUGCAGUGUGACCAGUGGAUCAACUAAUGCCUCCGCCGCAUCUACUAUGCGAUCUGCAGCUUCAACAAUGAGAUCAGGUCGAAUACCUGGAAGUGCUAAAAGAAUUGUCGAAUCUCGUCCCUGUUGGUCGGACCGAUGGUAGUGUUGAGAUGAUCAUGUACAUGUACAUGGGUUCUCAGUACUUUCAUAAAGAAUAUACUUUUAUUUUGAACCUUUUUGGUCUAGCUUCAAUUUCAUGCCAAGUGUUGUGAAAUAUGACAUUGCAUUAAGUAGCUAGAUGAUCAUUUUUUUAAUUUUAUUUUUCAAAUUUUUGCAGGCCAUGAUGUGUUUUUUAUUGUAUUAGAUCUGGGGACCUCUUUGUCUUAUACUGUUAACAUAAGGAUAAGGACAAAAAAAACUUUGCUUACAUGCUUUAUUUAUUAAAUAUAUACUUUCAAAGACUUGUCAUAUUUUAUCAAAGCAUUCAGCUGAGUCAUGUCAUGGCAAGUAGUCUGAGAAGAAAAUAUAUGAUUUUGUGCAGGACAUUUUCUUCAUAGUUUAUCUACAUGUAUGAAACAUGUUCGUUACAUGUCACUGUUAAUUCUAUAAUUGUAUAUAUCAUGUAUAGCAGUUAACACUGGGAUAUAUUUGGGGAACACAUGAAAUAUCAUGCCAGGUAAUUAAAUAAAUUUUCAUUUGGUUUGUAAUUGGUUACCAUGGUAAUAUGAUCAUGAUGAAUAUAUUUGUUCUUUUGUUAUCAUGAUUAUUCUAUAUAUAUUCAUCAUUCUGUUGUUGUCAGCAAUCUCAAUACAGGGAGUUAUGUCCCUUGGGUUCGACAGGAUCUUCAGUCAAAGGAGUAAGUUAGGACGUUAUGUGAGCAGGUUUUUCAAACCUAUUGGUUUAUGAAUGUCUCACUUACAUUUAUGUUACCAGGAUCCAAGCACACCCAAGGGUUACAGCCUUAAAAGGUGUCAUUUUUAACGUGUUUUUUUCAAUAACUUCCCCAAUGGUAAUAACUAUAAUAAUAAGAUCCAUCCUCACAUUAUAAUGCUCAGCUUGUUGUUGAAGUGGUUCUAUGACGUUUGAAUGUAUUUGUUUAGUAUCCGUCCAGGUUUGAAAUCAGGAUUCAUCAUUCAAAUAUCUAAAACAUUGGUCACACCACUUUAUACAAAAGACAUAAAGUAGUCAUAUCAGGGUUAGAACUAAACUCAAAAGCUUCACUAGCCCUGGUAAAGAUAAAAUGACUUUGUAAUGUUAAAACAAUGGAAAAAUUUGUACUAGCCCGAAUGAAUUUGUACUUGUCUCGGGCUAGCGGGCAGGUGUUAAUUUUUAACCCUGUCAUAUAUGGUAAGCAACCAUUCCCUUUGGGCUUUUUCACCUGUACGACAAGAGGGCUAUGUGACAUGUGGGACACCGAAAAAUUGAUAUCCUUUUCAAAUGUUUGAUAUUUCUGUCCACAACUAUAGAACAUAUACAUCUUUUAAAUACUGGCUGUGUACUAGGUAUAGAUAACUUCAUCAGCCAUAAACUUGUGGAAUGCCGGUACUUGAGUCCAGGAAUACAUCUACAUGACCUGAGGUCACAUCAAGUGUAUUAUCACGAUGUUCGUAUCCCCCUCAGUAGAGUCAUGCUGGCGUAUCCAAAACAAGAAUUAGAGAAAUUGUUAUUGAUUUCUUGUAUCAUUUAAUUUUUGAUAAUUUUUGAUAAUAUGUCAUGGCCCAAAUUUAUCAUACCGGUACCAUGGUUACUGAAUCUAGUGACUCAUUAGAAGUACAUUUGUAAUAUAGAUCACAGCAUUAGAAAAUAACCCUAGCCUGUUUAUGAGAGUACUGAGUGGAAUUAUAUAGCCCUGCUGGAUGUUCUUUCUCACUGAAAAUCAAUCUUAGCAACUAGGCCAUAUUUGUUUAUAAUUCCUUGAUUUAAACAGACAAAAAUUCGACAAAUGCAAAAUACAAAAAAUACAUUGUUCAUGCAAUCUUUUUCUUCCCACGGACUCUGAAACAAUUUAUGUUUUUGCCUCCGAUAACAAAGUCUUAAAACAACAAAUUUAUACAAAGUAAUGAAAAAAAGAAGUCCUAACUGAAAAGAUAUUAUUGGCUUAUCCUUUUGUGAUAUGUGGGAAUUUGUCACAACCAAUCAGAAAACUUAAAGAAACAUAAAGGAAAGGGUAACAUUAUGUUCGUCAUGGCAAAUGAUGGCCUCAUGUGACACACCCACAUGGCUGUUGGCAUGGUAAUUUCCUAAGCUGAGAUCAUAUAUUCAUGUGAUGACUAGUGCUGUGUUGGGCUAAUCAUGUAUGGAUCUUUACAUUAUCUGGAAACAAUUAGUCAAAUAAUUCAUCAGCAAUAGGGGAUGUAAUACCUCGUAUAUUUUAGCAUUUUUUACCUGACCAAGUUUGGUGUCCAAGUUUUAUCAUUACAAGGAUUUCUGAAUAUAUUCUCCAUAUUUCAACACAGCGUACAUCACCUGAUCAAUAAUGUUAUUUCCUGGAAUCAAUAUCGGGAAAAAGGUUUGUGGCAUUGUGACACAUGUGAGGGUGCAUAGGGGGGCGGGGGGACUUUGUCAAGGAGGUCUUAAUUUAUACUAUAGGGAAACUUUCAAUGAGGUCGAUAUCUCUUUUGACGGACCAAUUACAUACAGUAUUGAACAAAACAAAUAUUCAAUAUUGUUUUUGUCAGGUUCAUGACUACAGUAUUGACUUCUGAAAAGAAUCUAUGACUUUAUUUGUGUAAUUAGCAAAGACAUGUUCAAUAGUUCUAACUCUUUGUCUAAUAACCAUAAAUAUUUCUGUCAUACAGAUCUGCUUUGAAAGAACUGAAUAUUACUUCUUUGGAUUCCAAUGGCUAUUUUGGGGGGUUCAAAAUGUUGCCAGUGUGAAUUUCAUUGACGGUCAUCGUGUGAUUGCUUGUCAGCUAAUCAAAGUUGAGAAAUAAUCUACAUUUCAGGUUUUAGGUAACCCAAAUAUUCUCUCAACCCAUUCACUGAGCUAUCGCGGCUGUGACUUUAUUAAACACUUGCGUGUAUUGAUAUGUAAAUGACAACAUGUCAUUGUAUAUUCCCAGUGUUACCAUGGUUACAUGAUGGAUUCAAGAGGUUUCCAUAGUAACAAGUGACCAUGUGAUUUCUUUUUUGAGACACAACUAACACAUAAUACUAUUCGGUCACAAAUUUUACAUUAUAAUUCUUAAUUUUUAAUUCCAGAUGUUUGUUCAAGUGAACUCAAAAUAAUAACACUGCACGACCAUAUUCACACAGAAGGCAAGCCCAUUAUUGAACUAAAUCAUAGACGAGAUGAAAUCAUAAGGGAUUCACUGACAGGUGGUAACGAAGGGUGUCUGACAAAAGUAGCUAAUCCCCACCUUCCUCACCCUCACUAAUGUAGCAAUAUAUCAGGUGAUCAAUAUCACUGAUAGGUUAUUGAUUAGGCAUUCUCUCAAGCUAUUGUAUAACAUUAUGUCACACUACAGGCCCAUCAACGUGAUCGAGUACCAGCCAGAAGUGAAGCUUUUCAAUUCAAGUCACCCGUUCCUUUCUGCAGAAAUGUAUGAAUAAUGUCCGCACUGUCAAAUACCACCUGCUUGAGUAGGCUUGUGUUGGUUACCUGUGUGUUUACUGAUCAACAUCUCUGUUGUGUGUUGUGUGAAUGUUCAGGUCACAGCAACCCAGACUCACCUCUUGUUUACCAUGUUAAAACCUGUAAAAAGUAAAUUUGCAGUAACGAUUCAACAACUGAACGAAAUUAUUGUCCUUAAACUCCCUUUGUACAGCUAAGUAAGAUUUCAGUUUCCUGUGUAUCUUAUUUUUUUAAAUAAAUUGGAAUGUAUUUCUUGUCUGUAACAAGGGUUCUGGACCCACUUGCUCAAAGCAAUCUUAGCGCUAAGAUGAUCAUAACUCCCAUACUUUAACAUAGUCUUAGUGCUAAGAUCGCUUUGUGCAAGUGGCCCUGGAUAUAGACUGUUCACUACAGCAAUAGGGAGGCCUUGAGUUCAUGUUUAACUGAGGCCCGUUCCCCAAAGCGAUCUUAGCACAACGAUGAUCGUAAGCCUACGUUAAAUUAUAUGGGACUUACAAUCACCUUAGCGCUAAGAUCGCUUUGAGGAACGGAGCCCUGGAGGAUAUGAGAUAAAUCAUGGAUGUCCACAUAGGACUAAUACAAAAGGAAUCAUGCAAAGAGGUGACAAGUUGAUUAUUUAUUAAAUAAUCGGCCAGUUUAUGACGUUUUCAAACAUGUUCAAAAUGAAAUAUCCAUGUUGAUGAAGAAACCAUUAUACAUGUGUUUAUUAUGCUGUUGAUGUACAAAUAAAUAUUUAUUGAAAGUUGGGUAAGUAAGGUGGGAAAAGUGUUUUUUUAUGUUCACUGUAUGUUUCAUAUGUGAAAAGCACAUAUAUUAUAUUUAUUGAAAGCAUUUCUAGGAACCUUGAAUAUAAAGCAAAGUUCAAUGUACGGCCAUCUUGACACCUGUAUAAUAUAUUGAACAAUAUGUGGUCAUCAAGGCUCAAGAGUACAUUUUGUUAUAAUCGUCUUGCAGGCUUAGAUUUCAUACACUCGGUGCCUAAUACCAGUAGCUUGAAGCCCAAGUCUAGUAUCUGUAGUCUCUAGCUGAAUUGAUGUGAGGCUUUAUCAUGCACAUCUAUUUUGAAAUAAAUGUUACAAAAUUCAAACAGAAGCAUGCUUUUGAAAAAAACGUGCCUUGGGCGCUUAUAACGUCGAAUACGGUACUUUCAGUCAAACUCUGCAGUUCUUUUUCGUUUUUAAUAGACGACUUAAAAUAGUAAAUAAUUCAGUCUGGUUUGAUAAGUACAUGUAAGUGAAAAGACAUGCUCCUUUCACACUGUUUGACUUCCAGCAGUAAACCUUGUAAAGUCUCCUUCAUGUUGUGUUGUUUAUGGCCCAUUACAGUGAGCGUGCUGGAGACAUCAGACAUUUGUGGACCUGUGUAGUGCAAGCAUGUGUAUUUACUCUAGAACACAGACAUUGUGACAGGUGACAUAUUGGCUUUAGUUUGUCAGUGUAUAUUCAGAGUACUUUGCCUCAUGAUGUUAUUUUUGCAAUUUCUUUGUCAUUUUACCUCAUUUUAUUUUAUCUGGACAGUUUCUCCUUGUAUUGUUGACAAUGCUAUUUAUGUACAUAUUGUGUGUGUGUAUAUAUAUAUAUAGUAGUCUAUGUCAGUUGCGGAGUUUGAAGCAGCUGAAGUUUUGUUCCACGUAUUGGGAUAUUGUAUUGCAUGUUUUAGAAGAAAAACUGGAUCUAUAAGACAUCAUCCCAUCAAAUACUGUUUUCAAAAUGGUUUAAACUGUAAUGCUACUUCAGCAAUGAUGUCACUCUCAGAUAGCAUCUUCCUCUCUCCCCAUAACAUUGAGGUUUAUGGCAGAUACAUGUACAUUGAAACCCUGAUAAUCCAGAAAUCUUGUGAAUCCAGAGCUUGUUGGUAUGGAAACCAGUCUCCAGCUGACAAUUUGCUGUUGACAGAGGCCAACUUCUGACUGGAUUAGCCAGGUUUCACUGGACAGGAACAAACAAAUUCAGAUGUCAGUGAUUCAAUGUUUUUAUCUUUCUUUUCAUCACAUCACUAAAAUUAAUCAGAUUAUUCAAAGGGAGGUAACUUGUGUUGGAUCUGCAAUGAUUAAGUAACAGUUGUGGUUGAAGAAACAGAAAGACUCGUUCCCAUUGCCAUAUGUGUUAGUAGCUUGUCAGGAAUUGUUGUUUUCUCGCUCACAUGUAUUUUUGUAUGUAUAUUGCCACCUAUACGUGUCCUUAGUCUCCAGUAUGUGAAGUAGUGUUAAAGUGGGACCUGACAGUUAGCAGCUGGACAUCUUCCCAAGGCAAGGGAGUUAAAGUCCAGUUUCCACCGUUGCCGAACUAGGCCCGAAUUUCUUGGUUUAAUCGUAGCGCCACCAGUGGCUAUUACGAGUUAUGUCCUUUCUAUGUCCCUCUUAUUGACCAAUCAGAUUCCACCUCUCAUAUCACUUGCAUUUGCUUCAAACAAAAUGGAACCGCCCAGUCAAGACGAUCUGAUCAGUAAUCAUAAGGUCUUACUUGAGAAGUACAUCAAAUCACGUGAACACCUUGAUUAAAAACAUGAAAAUAGAUUUGGGAAUUAUCUAUUGAUGCUAUUAAGUUGACGGUACACAUGCUUUGCAAAUCCUGCAAUCAACCUAAAAUCUGCACGGCAGUUUACAAACCAGAUGUUGAAUUCAUAACACGAUUUUGCAUAGACUCAUUCAUCCAGCCUAAAUAUAAUGCCAUAAUUGACGUCUAUUUCGCCAAGGGUGGAAACUGGACUUUUAUAGUCGAUAACUUCCUUGCCUUGGGAAGAUGACAACUGUGGACUUGAAACCGCUCUAAGUUAUUUGUUUAUCAAUGAGAGCUCCUGUGGUUGGACCGUGAGUCACAUGUUGUGAUAGUCCUGUAGGUAUUGAAGCCCAGAGCAGUGUUAGCCUGUGCCUUACUCCGUGUGAGUCAACUGUUCAUCUUACGUGUAUCUAGGACAGUGCCUGUAAUGUUAUGGCAGAAUAAACCAGGACAGUA